CCAGUUGGGUAAAAGGAUAUAAAGGGGAUUUUAGUUGCUAGCACAGAUCGGGGGUGAGGACGACGAACAUGGCUGAUGGGAAGGAAGGUGAAGAUAUGGAUUCGCUAUUUGAAGGGAUGGUACUGUUUAACCCCACUGAAAUAGAAGCAGAGCGCCGACCAGACAAUCAUAGUGAAGAUGAUUCUCUUCAAUCCCGUCAAAGUGAUGCGAUCACAACUUCAGCCGUACCAGCAUCGUGUUCAUCGCAGCCCCUUGACGAGAAUCUCUUCUCGGACCUCACGCUUGUCGUGGAUCCCCUCCAAAACUUAGAAGUGGCUGAAACCGAGCAUGAUCUCCAAUCUCCUCAAUCAUGCAUCAAGCCGCCAUCAAUUAUCUCGAGACAGGGCUCCAGACGGAGAAAACGAUCUGGCUUGAGGAUAGGAUAUGGUAGAGACAACAAUCUAUCUGACUCUCCUUCUGCGCUUCUCCAACCCACUUUUACAAUUUCUGAUUCUAUAAACUACGACACUGUUGGAGAAACUCCCUCGAUCACCACUGAUGUUGCUGUACCUGUUACCCAGCCAUUCAGUGAAUCUUCCAACUCGGAGAAUGAGAAUGUGAUACACGCAGAGGCAGAGGGUGGUGAAACUUUUUCUGAGGCAGAUUUUCGGCAAAUUAAGGCCACCAUAAAUGAUAAGCUUAACCUUGCCCGCCAACUGGUAAACUCUGCUUCUGCUGCCCGAAAGGAUUCGAUCAGGAAUAGAAGAAAAGCCGUUGAGAAUGUUAGUCUUGCUUCUCUCAAAUACAUGGAGCUCGAAAAGCAAUUGGAAGAAGCCUGCGAUGCUGAAGAUUUUGAAGGGCUGAACAGGUUACCGAAAGCUGCCGAGAAAGAGAAACAAGCUUUCACGAAUUCACUAAGAGAUGCGGAUGCCUUCAUCGACGCAUUGGAAUUAAAAUUGCAGCAUGCCCUCGAUUCUUACAUAGCUGCCGAGGAAGAAUGUGCAAUCUUACUCGACCAUUAUGCAACGAAUGCUUUAAAUAAUUCGGAUUCUUCCUUGAAGAAAGCAACAUCAUUGCAUUCAAAAGAAAUGGACCAGUGGCUUUCAUCAUCUGAAGCCUUGGAGGUUAAAAAGACGGAGUUGGAGAUUGAAUCACAUUUUAUAAGUGAAGCUCAUUUAGAAUUGGAUAAUACUAUUAAGCACUCAAUCAAGGAUAACAAGAGAGAAAAAGAGAUCCUUUGUAAAAGAAAGAAUAUGCUAAUUGGUGAAUUGGAAAAACUUCUUGUUUUAGUAAAACAGAAAGAAAAGGAGAUAGCAGACAAUGACACUAAUUUAAAAGCUGUAGAGGAUAAGAUAAAUAAUGUUGUCUCUGGAUUUCAAGAGGUUCAGUCAAAUGUUAAUGUGAAGUAUGACGAAUUGCAAUCUCUACUUGCUCAAGUGAGAUUAGAGAUUGAAACUUUGGCACUGAAGAAGGAGGAAAUUGACAACUUUCUCACAAAGGAAGAAGAAAUGGGAGCAAAACUUAGGGAAAUUGCUAGGAUUUCUGAGGAGGAAGGUAAAGGAUACCGGGAAAUUGUUAAACUACGAAGAAGUUUGAUGUUAUCUAUAGUGAAGUCUAGGGAGGACAAACUAACACUUGCAAACAAUGAGGAAAAGCUUUCCGGAGACGUGAAUUUGUGUCAACUGGAGGUUUCUGCAGCAAGAGCUUCCUUGCAGGAGCUAUCUUCAAGAAAGUCAAGCAUCCAGCAAGAUAUAGCAUCCAGCAAGCAGAGGAUUAUUUUCAUAGAUAAGAGAGUCCCAGAACUUGAAGCAGAAAAGAAAGUUGCUACUGCAGCAAGAAAUUUCAAGGAUGCUGCACGAAUAGCUGCUGAAGCUAAGUCACUCUGUGUUGAAAAAGAGGGCAUGCAGAUAGACAUGGACACCGCCACUUUAAAUCUUGAGAAGCUUGAGGAAGAAAUCAAAGACACCCUUAAUAAAUUGCAGGAGACCGAGGGAAUGAUCUUAGUGAAGGAAAAAGAGUUGGCAAUGGCUAGAUAUCAGAGGCUACUUCUGACAGCUGCUAUGGCUAGAGCUGAAAAAGUUGCCGCACUAGAAAUGGGUGAUGUGGAAGAAGCUAAUCUCCUGCUUGCAGAAGCUGAGGCAGCAGACUGUGAAGCUGAGAAACUUCAAUCAACAUAUAGUUUCAAGGCGGAAGACCUCACAAAUGUAUGGAAACAUUUAAUUUCAAUGGAUCUUGUAUCGCAUGUUGAUCAGAAGCAAUUGCAAGAAUUGGCAGUCACACUUAAUCUAUAUACUGAGUGAUUCGAAACAAGAUUUUUGUGGAUUUAGUGAUAAUUGGUACAGGUGCUGUUGCGAAUUGGAGAGGGGGAACGUGAGUUUUGGGAUAUUCCGACAUUUUGGAACCGUGGGAAUCGACCUUGGCUUCGAGCAGGAAGUUGGCAUUGACUAGUUACUCGUGUUCUUCCUAUUUUCUUUAUCUGAUGUAAAAGUUCCAUUUGUGUACUUCUGCUGUAUUGAGUAUGAAACCGUAAUCCUGUAAGUUAGCAGUAAAAUACGUGUAUUCUUGGUGUGUUCUUUUCUGGUCUAACGUUGCAUUUAACUAUGAGGAAUGAGGAUAUUGAUUUGCUGUGACGAUUCUGUUUA